AUGACUGUUAAGAGACGCAACCACGGACGCAACAAGAAGGGACGCGGACACGUCAAGCGUGUUCGUUGUGUUUCCACCGGAAAGGCCAUCCCCAAGGACAAGGCCAUCAAGCGAUUCAUUGUCCGCAACAUUGUCGAUGCGUCUUCUUUGAGAGAUAUCAAGGAAGCUUCUGCCUACCAAGAAUACCAACUUCCCAAGCUUUACUUGAAGAUGUUCUACUGUGUUGAGGCUGCUGUCCAUCAACGUGUGGUUCGUGGUCGCUCUCGCACUGACCGAAGAAUUCGAACUCCUCCUCCACGAUUCGGACGCAGGUAG